AACCCUACAUUCUUUUCUAUCCUUUUUGGGUGUCGAGAUCGGCUGCGGCUUACCGGAGAAUGGGAACUCCGGGAAGGUUGCGCCAAUGGCGUCACCUUGCCUGCGCAAUGGCACUAUACUUCAUUGCCAUUGGCGCCGUUGUUCAAACUAUGGCUGACGAGCUUUACAAUCCUGGUAAUUCUGUGACAGAUAUACCGGAGGUUUCUAAGGGUAACAAACCAAACAAAUAUAAGUCACCUCCGCCACCAUCCUCACCACCUCCACCGUCGCCAUCGCCUCCGCCGCAUUAUGUGUACAAGUCACCUACUCCGCCAUCUCCAUCACCGCCACCUCCAUAUGUAUACAAGUCACCUCCUCCGCCAUCUCCAUCACCGCCACCUCCAUAUGUAUACAAGUCACUACCACCUCCAUCUCCAUCUCCUCCACCGCCUUAUGUAUAUAUGACACCUCCCCCACCAUUUGCAUCACCUCCACCACCGUAUGUCUACAACUCACCACCUCCACUGUCUCCGUCACCACCACCGCCUUAUGUUUACAAGUCACCACCUCCACCAUCUCCGUCACCACCGGCGCCGUAUGUCUACAAGUCACCACCUCCGCCAUCUCCGUCACCACCGCCGCCGUAUGUCUACGAGUCACCACCUCCACCAUCCCCGUCACCACCACCGCCGUAUGUCUACGAGUCACCACCUCCACCGUCUCCGUCACCACCGCCGCCAUAUGUCUAUAAAUCACCACCUCCACCAUCUCCAUCACCGCCGCCGCUAUAUGUAGACGAGUCACCACCUUCACCAUCUCCGUCACCACAACCACCAUAUAUCUACAACUCACCACCUCCACCAUCCCUGUCACCACCGCCGCCAUAUGUUGACGAGUCACCACCUUCACCAUCUCCGUCACCACAGCCACCGUAUAUCUACAACUCACCACCCCCACCAUCCUUGUCACCACCGCCGCUAUAUGUCGACGAAUCACCACCUUCACCAUCUCCGUCACCACAGCCACCGUAUAUCUCCAACUCACCACCUCCACCAUCCCAGUCAGCACCGCCGACAUAUAUCGACGAGUCACCACCUUCACCGUCUCCGUCACCACUACCACCGUAUCCCAACAACUCACCACCUCCACCAUCCCCAUCACCACCGCCGCCAUAUAUCGACGAGUCACCACCUUCACCAUCUCCGUCACCACUGCCACCGUAUGUCUACAACUCACCACCUCCACCGUCUCCGUCACCACCGCUGCUGUAUGUCUACAAAUCACCACCUCCACCAUCCCCGUCACCACCGCCACCAAAUGUAUACAACUCACCACCUCCACCAUCUCUAUCACCACCGCCGCCAUAUGUUGACGAGUCACCACCUUCCCCAUCUCCGUCAACACUGCCACCGUAUGUCUAUAACUCACCACCUCCACCAUCCCUGUCACCAGCUCCGCCAUAUGCCGACGAGUCACCACCUUCACCAUCUCCAUUACCACUACCACCGUAUCCCAACAACUCACCACCUCCACCGUCUCCGUCACCACCGCCGCCAUAUGUAGACAACUCACCACCUCCACCAUCUCCAUCACCACCGCCGCCAUAUGUUGACGAGUCACCACCUUCACCAUCUCCGUCACCAUAUAUCUACAACUCACCACCUCCACCAUCCCUGUCACCACCGCCGCCAUAUGUCAACGAGUCACCACCUUCACCAUCUCCGUUACCACAGCCACCGUAUAUCUCAAACUCACCUCCUCCACCAUCCCUGUCACCACCACCACCAUAUGUCGACGAGUCACCACCUUCACCAUCUCCGUUACCAUUACCACCGUAUCCCAACAACUCAACACCACCACCAUCCCCAUCACCACCACCGUCAUAUGUUGACGAGUCAUCACCUUCUCCAUCUCCGUCACCAUUGUCACCGUAUGUUUACAACUCACCACCUCCACCGUCUCCGUCACCACCGCCGCCGUAUGUCUACAACUCACCACCUCCACCGUCUCCAUCACCACCGCCGCCAUAUGUAGACAACUCACCACCUCCACCAUCCCCAUCACCACCACCGCCAUAUAUCGACGAGUCACCACCUUCACCAUCUCCGUCACCACUGCCGCCGUAUGUCUACAACUCACCACCUCCACCGUCCCUGUCACCACUGCCGCCAUAUGUCAACGAGCCACCACCUUCACCAUCUCCGUUAGCACCGCCGCUGUAUGCCUACGAGUCACCAUCUCCGCCAUCCCCGUCACUACCGCCGCCAUAUGUCAACGAGUCACCACCUUCACCAUCUCCGUCACCACAGCCACCGUAUAUCUACAACUCACCACCUCCACCAUCCUUGUCAGCACCGCCGUCAUAUGUAGACAAAUCACCACCUUCACCAUCUCCGUUACCACAGCCACCAUAUCCCAACAACUAUCCACCUCCACCGUUUAGAUCACCACCACCGUCAUAUAUCGACGAGUCACCACAUUCACCAUCUCCGUCACCACUGCCACCGUAUGUCUACAACUCACCACCUCCACCGUCUCCGUCACCACCACCGUCGUAUGUCUACAACUCACCACCUCCACCAUCCCCGUCACCACCGCCGCCAUAUGUUUACAACUCACCACCUCCACCAUCUCCAUCACCACCGCCGCCAUAUAUUGACGAGUCAUCACCUUCAUCAUCUCCGUCACCACUGCCACCGUAUAUCUCCAACUCACCACCUCCACCAUCCCAGUCACCACCGCCGACAUAUGUCGCCGAGUCACCACCUUCACCAUCUUUGUCACCACUACCACCGUAUCCCAACAACUCACCACCUCCACCAUCACCAUCACCACCGCCGCCAUAUGUCGACGAGUCACCACCUUCACCAUCUUCGUCACCACUGCCACCGUAUGUCAACAACUCACCACCUCCACCAUCUCCGUCACCACCGCCGCCGUAUGUCUACAACUCACCACCUCCACAAUCCCCGUCACCACCGCCACCAUAUGUAUACAACUCACCACCUCCACCAUCUCCAUCACCACCGCCAUAUGUCGACAAGUCACCACCUUCCCUAUCUCCGUCACCACUGCCACCGUAUGUCUACAAUUCACCACCUUCACCAUCUCGGUCACCACAACCACCGUAUAUCUCCAACUUACCACCUCCGCCAUAUGCCGACGAGUCAUCACCUUCACCAUCUCCAUUGCCACUACCACCGUAUCCUAACAACUCAACACCUCCACCAUCCCCAUCACCACCACCGUCAUAUGUUGACGAGUCACCACCUUCUGCAUCUCCGUCACCAUUGCCACCGUAUGUUUACAACUCACCACCUCCACCGUCUCCGUCACCACCGCCGCCGUAUGUCUACAACUCACCACCUCCACCGUCUCCGUCACCACCGCUGUCAUAUGUAGACAACUCACCACCUCCACCAUCUCCAUCACCGCCGCCGCCAUAUGUUGACGAGUCACCACCUUCACCAUCUCCGUCACCACUGUCACCGUAUAUCUACAACUCACCACCUCCACCAUCCCUGUCACCACCGCCGCCAUAUGUCAACGAGUCACCACCUUCACCAUCUCCGUCACCACAGUCACCGUAUAUCUCCAACUCACCACCUCCAUCAUCCUUGUCACCACCGCCGCCAUAUGUCGACGAGUCACCACCUUCACCAUCUCCGUUACCAUUGCCACCGUAUCCCAACAACUCAACACCUCCACCAUCCCCAUCACCACCACCGCCAUAUGUUGAUGAGUCACCAUCUUCUCCAUCUCCGUCACCAUUGCCACCGUAUGUUUACAACUCACCACCUCCACCGUCUCCGUCACCACCGCCGUCAUAUGUCUACAACUCACCACCUCCACCGUCUCCGUCACCACCGCUGUCAUAUGUAGACAACUCACCACCUACACCGUCUCCAUCACCGCCGCCGCCAUAUGUUGACGAGUCACCACCUUCACCAUCUCCGUCACCACUGUCACCGUAUAUCUACAACUCACCACCUCCACCAUCCCUGUCACCACCGCCGCCAUAUGUCAACGAGUCACCACCUUCACCAUCUCCGUCACCACAGUCACCGUAUAUCUUCAACUCACCACCUCCACCAUCCUUGUCACCACCGCCGCCAUAUGUCGACGAGUCACCACCUUCACCAUCUCCGUUACCAUUGCCACCGUAUCCCAACAACUCAACACCUCCACCAUCCCCGUCACCACCACCGCUAUAUGUUGAUGAGUCCCCAUCUUCUCCAUCUCCGUCACCAUUGCCACCGUAUGUCUACAACUCACCACCUCCACCGUCUCCGUCACCACCGCCGCCGUAUGUCUACAACUCACCACCUCCACCAUCCCCGUCACCACCGCCACCAUAUGUAUACAACUCACCACGUCCGCCAUCGCCGUCACCACCGCCGCCAUAUGUCAACGAGUCACCACCUUCACCAUCUCCGUCACCACUGCCACUGUAUAUCUACAACUCACCACCUCCACCAUCCUUGUCACCACCGCCGCCAUAUGUCGACGAGUCACCACCUUCAGUAUCUCCGUUAGCACCGCCGCCGUAUGCCUAUGAGUCGCCACCUCCGCCAUCCCCGUCACCACCGCCACCGUAUAUCUACAACUCACCACCUCCACCAUCCUUGUCACCACCGCCGCCAUAUGUCGACGAGUCACCACCUUCACUAUCUCCGUUAGCACCGCCGCCGUAUGCCUAUGAGUCGCCACCUCCGCCAUCCCCGUCACCACCGCCACCGUAUGUCUACAACUUACCACCUCUACUAUCUCCAUCACCUCUGCCACCGUAUGUCUUCCAGUCACCCCUUCCUCAAUCCCCAUCCCCACCGCCGCCGUAUAUUUACAAAUCACCUCCUCCUCCAUCCCCAUCACCCCCACCGCCAUAUGUUUAUAUGUCACCACCUCCACCAUUCGCAUCACCACCACCACCGUAUAUUUACAAAUCACCUCCUCCACUAUCCCCAUCACCACCACCGCCGUAUAUCUACAAGUCACCACCUACUCCAUCACCGUCACCCCCGCGACCGUAUGUGUAUAAGUCACCACCUCCACCAUCACCAUCACCACCGCCGCCGUAUGUAUACAAGUCACCACCUCCACCAUCCCCGUCACCACCGCCACCGCCACCGUAUGUUUACAAGUCACCUCCUCCACCAUUUCCAUCCCCACCACGGCCGUAUAUCUACAAGUCACCACCUCCUCCAUCAUCGUCACCUCCACCACCGUAUGCCUAUAAGUCACCACCUCCACCAUCCCCAUCACCGUAUGUUUACAAGUCACCUCCUCCACCAUCUUCAUCACUACCACCGCCGUAUAUCUACAAGUCACCACCUCCUCCAUCACCAUCACCCCCGUUACCGUAUGUCUAUAAGUCACCACCUCCACCAUCACCACCGCCGCCGUAUGUAUACAAGUCACCACCUCCGUCAUCCCCGUCACCACCAGCACCGUAUGUUUACAAGUCACCUCCUCUUCUAUCCCUAUCACCACCACCGCCGUAUAUCUACAAGUCACCCGCUCCGCCGUCCCCGUCCCCUCCACCACCUUAUGUUUACAAAUCACCUCCUCCACGAUCCCCAUCACCCCCGCCGCCGUAUGUAUACAAGUCACCACCUCCAUCUCCGUCACCACCGCCACCGUAUGUUUACAAGUCCCCUCCUCCACCGUCCCCAUCACCACCACCGCCGUAUGUCUACAAGUCACCACCUCCCCCAUCACCAUCGCCCCCACCACCGUAUGUCUAUAAGUCACCACCUCCACCAUCACCAUCACCACCGCCGCCAUAUGUCUACAAGUCACCACCCCCACCAUCCCCCUCACCACCGCCACCGUAUGUCUACAAGUCACCCCCUCCACCAUCUCCAUCACGAACGCCGCCGUAUGUUUACAAGUCACCUCCUCUACCAUCCCCAUCACCACCACGGCGUUAUGUAUAUAAAACACCUCCUCCACCAUCUCCGUCACCACCGCCGCCUUAUAUCUAUAAAUCACCUCCUCCACCAUCCCGAUCACCACCGCCACCUUCAUAUGUAUACAAGUCACCACCACCUCCAUCUGCAUCUCCUCCACCACCUUAUGUAUAUAAGUCACCAUCUCCACUAUCUCGGUCGCCUCCACCACCAUAUUUCUACAAGUCACGACCUCUUGGGCCUUUUAUCUAGUAAGUCACCAUUGAAGCAGCAUUACUAUGUUCGCGUUAUAUCUUGAUUCCAAAUUUGGAUGAAGUGUCAUUUAUUAUUAUUAUUGAAAUCGGUCUAUGGUCUUUUAUGGAACGAUCUUUAAUUGAUUGUAAUUCAAAUUCAUUUAGUUUGAUUCAACUUAUAUUCUAUACAUAAAGAUUUCAUGUGAAGAUCCUUAUGUGACAAAGUAUUGUUUUUAUAUUACUCCUAU